UAAAGCUUGCCGGGUCGGCCAUCUUGUUUUGGUUCGUCGCCGGUCGAGAUACUGUCGGUCGAGGGCUCGUUUCACGAGCAAAUUUUAUCAUGAUGAUUUCUCGGCUUGCGCUAAGAAAUGGUGCUAUCUUGUCAUCAGCUAUGCUGCGAACCUCCACACCAUGUGUGGCUGUAGCUCCUAAGCUCCUAUUCCACACCAGCCAGCAGCAGCAGAUGCCCAACAAGCUCCCAGAGUAUGGGGGCCAAGUUCGCUUUGGCUUCAUCCCCGAGGAGUGGUUCAAGUUCUUUGAGAAGAAAACUGGCAUCACUGGACCGUAUGUCUUUGGAGGAGGUUUAAUCAUGUAUCUUCUCAACAAAGAAAUCUACGUCGUGGGCCCGGAGACUGUCCAUGCUUUAGUGGCCUUGAGUGUGCUGGUGUAUGGAAUCAAGAGAUUUGGACCCUCUGUGGCUGCCUGGAGUGACAAAAAGAUUAAGGAGCAACUUGAUGAGGCCAACCAGAACAAAGAAGAGGCCAUCACCAUCCUUGAGAAUGCAGUUGGUGAGGAGAAGAAAGAGCAGUGGAGACUGGAGGGUCGCCAUUAUCUCUUUGAUGCCCGGAAAGAAAAUGUAGCCAUGCAGAUGGAGAUCGAGUACCGUGAACGACUGAACAAGGUCAGCGAAGAGGUCAAAAAGAGAUUGGACUACCAAGUUGAGCUGGACAACAUGCAGCGACGGCUGGAGCAGUCCCACAUGGUACGCUGGAUUGAACAGAAUGUCAUCAAGAGCAUCACCCCUCAGCAGGAAAAGGAUAUUCUCAGCAAGUGUAUAUCCAACCUAAAGACAAUGUCUACUGCGUGAUACAUCACAUUGAGGGUAGUAGGCAUUUCAACUUUCUUAAAUGCUUGACUAGGAGAACAGUGAAUUUGUUGUACAAAGGAGUCACAGUUUUUAAAAUUAACAAAAACACCUGUUGAAAGAAUUGGAUUGAUUAAUUUACAUAAGUGUUCAACUAUUUUGCUGUGUGAUGUCAGCUGGAGGGUAAAUAAUGUUUUGGGAGUUAAGUUGCAUGUGAUAGUUUGGUAUUUACUGAGGGGGGAUACUUAAAUCCACACUGUCCCAUAACUGGAGAUCUGGGUAAUUCCGGAUUCAAUCCAAGUGGUCAGCUUAGUGUAUUUUGCUGAAAAGGUCUAGUGUGAAAACUGUAUUUCAUUUAAAAUGACACUGAGCCAUUCUUGGGCAGUUUCUUUUGAAAGAUAAAUAAUGGUGAAUUUGUCCAAUACUUUACAGUAUAUUGCAUUACUCAGGAGGAGCUAUUGUGCUGUGUUGGUAAAUUCAAAGAAAUGGCUGCAUCAGGUUUUUUCUUUCCACUCCAGUUGAUGAAAUGUUUACAUCAGAACUGUUGAAUUACUUCACAGAGUAUCAAAAAUUGUUUGACAAUUUAGGAUUUCCUGUUGUGGGAUUGUUUUCAAAAACAGUUCCUGCAAGAAACUUACGAUUUUUCUCUUUCCUUAAAAGAAUUGGUAAGAUUAAAGAAAUUUGAAAGUUUACAAGCCUAGCAUGUAGAAAAUAAACAAAACUUGACAAUAGUAAAUUCUGAUCAGCAUGUGCGGAUUUUGUUACAAGGUAGUCAGUGUGUCUUUGCGUGUGAGUUACUGGGAUGAAAAAAAGGGCACGCCUGGUCUUCAGCCAGGAUUUAUGCUUGGGGAAUGAAAUAAGAUGGCAUAUGUGAGAAAAAUCAUUUUGUAUCUAUUUGCCAGACCAAUUUUCUUGAAACUGAAUGAAUUAGACGGGGUCUCUGAAUGGUUACACAGUUCUAUGCUCACCUAUUGAAUAGUAAACUAUGGAACUUAAAUCUAUAAAAUGAUAUCAAGAUGAUUAAAAAUUGUAAUUUGAACGGAA